AUGUUGGCCAACUUCAGUCUGGUUCCCGCUCCCGAGCUGUUCGACCUGUACGGCCUGGUCCUGCCGUUUUUGGUGCCUUCGGAGACCACAGUGUUUUACUUUAAUCCCUCGAGUCCCAGCUGCCGUUGGGAGCUACUUCAGAGAAGUCAGUUAUAUGACCAUCCUCAAAUGGUCUGGCAGAGAGCGGAAGUCUAUUCGAAUCUGUACAGCCGGCACAAUAGCCACAUCUUUGUGUUGGCCUGUCUCUCCAGGACCUUCUACGAAUGGCAGUUAAAGAGUCUGGCGACCACUUUGACCCGGAUGAGGUCGGUGAGAGUCCUCAUCGAGAUGGAGGGCGAAGAAAGCUUCUUUUUGGCCUCACAAGUCCUGUCACUCUGCCUGCAGCACAGCAUGCUGAAUGUAGGGCUUUACUUUCGCUCUUUCAGUGUAUUCAGCUACCGGGUUUUUCCGUACUUUAAGCUGAUCAAGCAACGUAUUUCCGAAGAAACCCAACCUCUAAUAUUCACCAACCAGCUUGUGGAUCUCGGGGGCUAUCAGCUGCGCGUUCAACCGGAUUUGGCGCCUCCUAACUCCAUUCUCUACCGCGAUUUGCGGGGCGAGAAUCGGAUAUCCGGCUUUUUGUGGCAGUUUAUACUUACCUUCGCUGAAAACUUGGGGGCCGGCAUCGAGAUCCUAUAUCCUCCAUGGUCAAAACCGAAGGUCUCGACCAACGAAUAUAUGAUAGAGUUAACACGGAAUGGCAGCUCGGAUUUCGGAGUGACCCCCGGCAAUAUUAUGUUCAAGCACGCGGAGAGGUUUCGCGACCAUAGCUACCCUUUUAUGUACUCCAACUGGUGCACCAUGUUGCCGAUGGAGAAGCCCCUAGGCACCAACUCUCUCUUCACUCAUAUUCUGAGCUGCGGAUCGGCUACUCUUCUGGCUGCGAUGUAUCUUGUGUGUUUCCUGGUUCGUCCUGCCCUAAUCAGAUUGCUGAAAAUUAUUAUCUGCAACAGAUUGAUGCGCCUCUUCUCGAGGCUUUUUUUUUUGGCUAUGGUCUGCGGUUGCUCUGCCCAAUUGCUCUCCCUACUGAUUUCUCCGCCGAUCCGGUCCCGCAUCCAUAGCUUUGACGACCUCCUGGGCUCCAGCUUAAAGAUCUUCGGAAUGCGCAACGAGUUCUACUUCCAGGAAGGUGACUUCCGGGCAAAGUACGCGGCGGCUUUCCACCUCACGGACAGUCCCGACGAUCUGUUGGACCACCGGAACUACUUCAACACCAGCUGGGCCUAUACUAUCACCUCUAUCAAGUGGCUGGUUAUCGAGGCCCAGCAGCGGCACUUCGCCCAUCCGGUGUUUCGGUUUUCGGAGGAUCUGUGCUUCAGAUGGGGCUCUCCCUACAGCCUGCUGAUCGCCCAAGAGUCUAUCUACCGGGAGCGUCUCCACCAUUACAUCUACAUGAUGGUACACCAGUCCGGGUUGAUCGAACAUUGGAUAACCCGGAGCUUUUACGAUAUGGUGAAGGCCGGCCGCAUAACCAUCAAGGACUACAGUCUACCGAGGAGAGUGCAACCGAUCCAGCUGCAGGACCUACGGCUGUGCUGGCGAGUCCUUGGAACGCUGCUGCUCAUCUCUUUUGCUGCAUUCGCCUUGGAGCUGCUGCUGUUCUACACCAACGUGUUUCUCAAUAGCUUGUAG